AAAUUCAAGUCGAAAAAAGAAAUCCCUAAAUUCAAGAAGAAGAAAAAACUAAAUCCCUAAAUUAACCAAACAAAAAAUGCUUUUGGCUUUUCUCCUUAUUCCGCCAUUGAAGCCAAACCCAAAACCCCAAAAAUUUUGGGUUCUUCCAAAUUCACUCUGCCAUUGAAAGAUCCUAAGGUUGAGAUUUACUCUGGCUGUGCUUGCUGCUGAAAAGAUUUUGAUGAUCAGAAAGAUUGAUUGAUUGUAAAUUAGGAAAUAUUCUUUUAAUAUUUUUGAAAUGGAGAAAGGGAGUUAUUGCCUCUCUGCCAUGUCAGCGUCAAAUCUCGUACUUCUCUUCACCAUUGGCGUGGUCACAAUAGUUAUGAUUCGAAUUAUGUAUAUUGUAUAUCGGAGAAGCAAACCGCUCAAUCCAAAAUCACCACAACCUCUCAGUACCCUUAUUGUUUUGGGUUCAGGUGGUCACACAGCAGAAAUGCUAAAUUUAUUAAAUGUGCUUCAAAUGGAAAGGUUUAAGCCAAGAUUUUAUAUAGCUGCUGCUACAGAUAAUAUGAGUCUCCAAAAGGCACGCGUAUAUGAGGAUUCCUUGCUUGAUAAGGCAGGAGUAGAUGCAGUAGGAAGGGCUGAAUUCAUGCAGAUAUAUCGGAGUCGAGAAGUUGGUCAAUCAUAUAUUACCUCCAUUGGGACAACAUUGAUUGCUAUUGCACAUGCGUUGUGGUUGAUGAUCAAGAUCAGACCCAAAGUGAUCUUGUGCAAUGGCCCAGGAACGUGUGUUCCACUAUGUGUAAUUGCCUUCUUUUUUAAGCUUCAGGUCUUGGGAAUAAGGUGGUCGUCUGUUUUCUAUGUGGAGAGCAUUGCAAGAGUCAGGAAACUCUCUCUGAGUGGUUUGCUUCUUUACAAGCUACACAUGGUUGAUCAGUUAUUUGUCCAAUGGCCAAAAUUGAAAGAGAAAUAUCCUCGAGCUCAUUAUGUGGGUUGUCUUAUGUAAAUAGAGUAGUUUUCAAGGUACGUCUCAUAGUUGACCUCCUUCGAUGCUCUUGGAGGAACUUAAUAGACUUGGUUUUCGUAACGGAUGCCCUCCUUCUUCUCUUAGAUAGUAAUUUUGCUGUCUUCGUGAGGUAAAAGUUGAUAAUUAGAAGUUAUAUUCACUAACUUGAAUAUACUUGUCACAUAUAAUUUAAAAGAUCAGCAGGAUUUUUUUGCUAUCGAAGUUGGUAUUUCCUUUUAAGAAUGUUUUAGAGAACAGUAACAAGGUAGUUGAGUUGAUGAG